AUGUGGAAUAAAAGCGAGGACCCACUGGACUAUAGCUACAGAGAGCAACGUGGAGAAAGAUCUUUCGCCAGCAAUGUAAAGAUUGAAUUCCCACAGCCAUUUUCUGGUGAGGAAAAACAAAGUUUCCCCUGCUGGGCCAGACAAUAUGAAGUAGCAGUGAAGGCGCUGGUUGGAGGUACGGGCAGUAACUUUGACUAUGAACUGGUGAGGAUUUUACCCACGCGGCUGACAAAUGCUGCUUUUCUUCUAUGGGAUAGCUUACCAACUGCCGUUCAGGCGGAUUACGAUCAGGUGAAAGAAAAAUUGCAAGAAGCUUUUGGACAAAAACGUUUUCUAGACUGUUUCAGAGCAAACAUCUCUGCCCGCCUCCGUGCUCCCGGAGAGAGUCUGGAAGUAUAUGCAGCAGACAUAAGCAAACUCGUUCAAGAGGCAUUCCCAGGCUACGGGGAUAUAGCUCAGAAAGAGGAGAAAUUUCGCAGAUUUCUGGCUGGACUCGACCCGGCUCUGAGAGCUAAAUGUCAUGAGCAGGGAGCGACUGAGUUGGAGGAGGCCCUGACUAUCGCUGGCCGGUGUGAGAUGGCAAGAGAGGCAUUAAGGAUGGACUAUGUCAGCACGCAGGUGCACCAGCCUCCCACAGGAAGUGGUAAAGCGGCCAUGGUGCACUCCAUAUCCGAUGAUGGUGGUGGUUUGUAUAGGACUAUAGACAGACUGACUGCAGAUGUGCGGGAAAUGAGGAUGGAAAUGAAACGAAUGGCAGAGGAAAACACCCGACUGCGAUUCAGCUACUGGAAAGAUGAACAGCGAGCACCUCAUCCAGUACGGGGAAGUCAGUGUCAGUGUACUUGUGGGGAGCAAGGCUGUCGGUCCCGCACAUGGGGUCAACAGAGAGGGCGCUCUCCUGACCGUGGAUAUGAGCAAAGAGGGCGUUCACCUGACCGCGGCUGGCGCGAGCGGCGCGCAGAAGGAGGGCCGAGAGAGAAACAGGACUAUUGGGGCCCCUACAACAACCGAGCUAAUUCCCCAAGUUGGCGGGGUCCAAAAUCUGCUAGGAGCCCCUCUAAUGAGGAAACACAGAGACGGCGAGCCCUGCACAAGCGACCCUUAACGGCGGAUUUUAUUGCUGCACGGGCGGUGAAUGGACAGUGGCUCGACACACUGGGCACUAUAACAGUUACCCUGCGUCUGGACAAGACUUACCGGCAGCAGGUUUUCCACGUUAUUAGGGGGUCCACACAAACAGCCCUACUGGGCUUGGACUUUCUUGUCGCAAAUCACGCCCUCCUGGAUUAUGCCCGGGGCCAACUACACCUAUGGGACACUGUACUUCCACUCCUGAGUGGCAAAGACCUGAUUCCGGAGUGUUGCAAUGUUUCCAUCGCCACUGUAGUGACACUGCCCCCCCUCAGCGAGAUGCUGGUGCCUGACGGAGUUACCACUGCCCGUGUGUUGAACCCUACAAAUCAGGACAGUAUACUGAGAAAAGGCGUGCACCUGGGGGAGUUUUUCUUCAUGGAUGAGGCAGAAACUGUGACACUUCCUCAGGGUCCAACCGAGACCGUCUCGGCCAUUUCAUCUAGUGAGAGAGAGGAAAUAGACAGGCAGGUGACUGCCCUGUUGGCGGACGGAGUGAUUGAGGACAGUUGCAGCCCAUGGGCCUCGCCCGUGGUCCUUGUAAAGAAGAAGAAUGGUGAGUGGAGAUUCUGCAUUGAUUAUCGUCGUCUGAACAGUAUAACCGUGAAAGAUUCUCAUCCGCUCCCCUGGGUGGAUGAGACCCUGGAUGCGCUGGCGGGCUCCCUGUGGUUUAGCACAUUGGACUUCACUAACGGAUAUUGGCAGGUCAAGGUCGCUGAGGGAGACAGGGAGAAAACUGCCUUCACCACGGGCCGAGGCCUCUACCAGUGGCGGUCUAUGCCGAUGGGCCUUCCUAACUCACCUGCAACAUUUCAGCGCAUGAUGGAGCUGGUACUCAGAGGGCUCCCAUGGCAAGUGUGUAUGGUGUACCUUGAUGACGUUUUAAUAUACAGCCCCACCUUUGAGGCCCAUCUCACCAGUUUGCGUGAAAUUUUCUCCAGGAUCCAUGCAGCUGGCCUCAGGCUGAAUCAUAAGAAAUGUCAUCUGGCUCGAGAUCAUGUACUGUUCCUGGGACAUGUUGUUUCUCGCCACGGCUUACAGCCCGACCCUCGAAACACGGACAAAGUCAGAACCUGGCCGACCCCACAGAACCCAACUGAAGUGAGAGCUUUUGUGGGGCUUUGCUCUUACUACAGACGCUUUGUUACAAACUUUGCCCAGUGUGCAGCCCCUCUACACCGCCUCACCUGCAAAGACACACCUUUUAAAUGGACAAGUGAGUGUGACACAGCCUUUGAGUACCUGAAGGGGGUGCUUUCAUCUGCUCCAAUUGUCAUCAUGCCUGACUUUAACACUCCUUUUAAGGUGUACACAGAUGCCUCCUUGGAAGCAGUGGGGGCGGUGUUGGCUCAAGAUAAGGACGGACUGGAGCGAGUGGUGUCAUACGCUAGCCAAGCACUCAGUUCCCCAGAAAAGCGCUGGUCUACAUUCGACAGAGAGCUAUGGGCCGUAGUGUGGGCUACACGACAAUUCAGACACUACAUAGGAUCAGCUGCCUUUACCAUCAUAACUGAUCACAAGCCGCUGUUGGGCCUGCGUGGCAUGUCAAUUGACAAGGAUCCCACGGGACGCAGAGCAAGAUGGAUACUGGAACUGGACCCUUACAACUGGAGUAUGCAGCACAAAGACGGCAAACGGCAUACUAAUGCUGAUGCAGUCUCACGGCGUCCUCAAAACCCUGAGCCUAGUGUGGUAAACACAGGUGAGAAAACCACACACGUGAAUGUCAUAGGCUCAGAUAUAGAGCCCAGCGUUCCCCAACCACUCACUCAACUGCUACAAACACCCACCCGAAAACCCCCGACCUUUGACCUACGUACUGGGGCGCAGCAUGUGGAGAACAGCAGUGGGGCGCAGGACUUGUCGUUCAAACAUGCACUUUCACAUGAUGGAACGGAACUGAGGGGGCUACAACGGGCCGACCCAGAUAUUAAUCAGGUGUUGGACUGGAUGGAAAGAUGUGGCUCUCGGCCAUCUAAGGGGCAGAUGAGAGGUAGUUCCCGGUGGCUUUGAAAAUUAUGGACUGAAUAUCCCCGCCUCUCUGUUGUUAAUGGACUACUCUGCAGGACGGUGAACUCUCCCCUCACCGGAGAUCCUCUGUGUCAGGUUGUCAUGCCCUCCUUGCUUAUCUCUGAUUUGCUGCAGCAUCUACAUGGGGGCUCUGCAUCGGCACAUUUCUCAGUGGAACGAGUGUGGGAACGUGCAAGGGAAACUUGCUACUGGCCGUUCAUGUUUAAAGAUAUUCAGCGGUGGUGUGAACAGUGCAUCCCAUGUCAAACACGCAAGGCACCAGUGCCUAAGCAUCGGGCACCGAUGGGGAGCGUUCAUGCAACUCGGCCACUUCAGAGAGUAGCAACGGAUAUUCUUGAACUGCCAGUGACUUCUAAGGGAAAUAGAUAUGUGUUAGUAGUGGAAGACUACUUUACCAAGUUUGUGAAUCUCUAUGCUCUCUCUGACCAGACAGCACGAUCAGUAGCACAGUGUUUGUUUGAUGACUAUGUGAUGGUGCAUGGUGUCCCUGAAACGAUUCAUAGUGAUCAGGGGUGGCAGUUUGAAGCCGAGAUUGUUCAAAUACUGUGUCAGCUCCUGGGAAUUAAGAAGACACGCACUGCACUUUAUAAUCCCAAAUCGGACGGAAUGGUUGAACGCUUUAACCACACUCUGUUCGACCAACUGGCCAAAUCGCUGCUCGCCUGCGGUGGUGAGUGGGAUGAUUAUCUGAAACAGGUGGCUUUCGCCUAUAACACAUCUGUGCAUGCCUGCACCAACUACAGUCCGUACUAUCUACUUCACGGACGAGAGGCUCGUGUUCCAGUGGAUGUGUUGGUGCCGUCUCAUUUAGUGCGUUCGGACUUGCCUCUUUCUCAUGCUGACUUUGUGGCCUCUUUAGCAGAGAGGCUGGAGACUGCUUUCGCUGGUGCCCGGCACAGUGGCGCCAACGCUCAAGCAAAAACUGUACCAUGAUGGAACCGUGCGUCACCGGCUGUAUGCAGUAGGAGAUCUGGUAUGGCUAAGUAAUCCGACAGAGGACAGGAUGAAACUUGCUCCCCACUGGAAGGGGCCCUAUAGGGUCCUGUCUGUGUUGGACUCUCAGGGAGAACCUGGACUUAACUAUCAUAUUGGCAACCCUUUGGAGUUUGAUGGACGGGGCCAGGUCGUCCUUUAUGAUAGACUAAAACCAUACACGCUACCAAUGGUUGCUGGUUUUUCAAGUGGCCUGCCUGCUUCUCCUAGUCAGGCUCCCUCUUUGCUGGACAAGGGGUCACUAGAGAGGGGUGCUGCGGCUGACGAGCUGUUGAUCUCUGGUGACACAGGGACUGUUCAGAUUACAGGCACCAGAGAGCCACUACAAAUUGUUUCUCGUUCUGGGAGGAAUGUUAGACAACCAAGUCGUUUCAAGGACUUUGUCACCUUUGGUUAGCAGUUUAGAAAGGGAAGGAACAUUAAACAGCACGAACAGGGGAAUAUUACAGUUGGACUUUCAGUUGGACAUUGUCAAGGUCACUUAACAUGUUUCUUACUGUAAUGGCACAUGUUUCAUCUGUGUACAGUAUGUCUGGAGGCUAUGGUGUAUCAGGAUUUUCUGGUGUACGUGGAAAUAGUGGGGCAUGCGUGAUUGGGACUGUGCAAUGGUGUGAGGGAAACAUGCAUAUAUAAUUUUUUUGUUGUGGUUGUGUGUGCUCUGUAUAUUUGGGGGGACAGGUUAAUAUGUUUUUUUUUAUGGUUUGCCUCUUUGUGUUGUUUUUUUGGCACAUAUCCUGUUAUUGUGUUGAAACGAGGACCCUCUCUUUUUGUAGGAGGGAAGGUAUGUAACCUAUUUUUAUGGUUUGCCUCUUUGUUAUGUUUAGUUCCUGUAUACGCCUUGAGCUCCUAUUUUGAAGGGAGAUAGAACGGAAAUGAUGUCAUCUUAGAGUGGAGCAGAAGUUUUGAAAGGAACGAAAAUAAAGUGGUCCUCGUGUGAAA